GUGACUGCUUCUGGUACUGCUUUAUUUUAUUAUGGUUAGUUUCCUGUUAUAUUUGUUGUCGUAUUAAGUGAAACUUGAAUACGUAUUUUCAAUCGUGUACACUAUUUUGCACUAGAUGGACAAGUCUGGCAAAGUGAUUGCUAAGUGGGAUAGUAGAGCUACAAAAAUUUACACAGAAAUAUGUGUAGAAGAGGUCAAUGCACGGAACAGGCCACAACAAUUCCUAAACGCCGAAGGGUAUGCUAACCUCAUAAGAAAGUUUAAGGAACGCACUGGUCGCACGUACACAAGGGAUCAAAUGAAGAAUAGGUGGGAUUCGUUGAAGAGAAUGUUUACCCAGUGGAAAACUCUUAAUGAAAGGGCUACAGGUCUUGGUCGAGACCCUCAUACUGGUUCAAUCAGUGCGCCAGAUGAGUGGUGGGCCAAGCAAAAUGAAGCAAUGCCAGGUUGUAUUAUGUUCAAAACAGCCCCCCUAGAGAAUGAGGACGAGCUAAAGGUUAUGUUUGGACCCAUUGUCUGCACAAAUGAAAGAACCCUGGUUCCUGGCGUGGAGGAUGCUAAUUCAUCUUCUGAUGAUCAUUUGGAAUACACUUUAGGUGGGGGUGAAAACAGCACACCUGACCCCUGCACAAAUGCUACUGGGAAGCGUAAGAUGCGCCAUGAUUCCCCAAAACCAAAGAAGAAAAAAGAUUCGAGGGAAGAGUACAUGAAAAGACUUGUGGAGGCUUUUGAGUCCCGCUCAUUGACCACAAACAAGUCCAUUACCUCUUCUGACAAUGACCCGGUUCGAUUAGAGAUUAAAAAGCAGUUGCUACAAGUGAAGGAAGAUGGAUCACCUGAAGGGAGCGAACUACAUUUGUUUGCGACACAUCUUCUGAUUCAUAAGAAGUAUAGAGAUGUUUUUGCAAACUUGGAGACAAAAGAAGGAAGAAUCGCUUGGCUUCGCAAUGCUUACGAGUUAGAAACUAAAAAGAGCACUUAGCUGGUGGACGUCCGACAACAGAGUCGUACAUGUUUACUAUUAUCGUUGGUUGUGUUUUUCAUCAGGCAUGUCGUUUCAUUAGAUGUUAAAAAAGUCCACCUACAUGCUGCUGGUCGGACAAAUGAGGCUUAUAUAUGUUCAGUAUGUUAGUUGUGUUUGCUUAAUGAGUCAUGUCGUGUCAGUUUUCGUUAGUAUCAUUUUCACUUUCAAACAAUUUUCCACAAAUUCGAGUUGAACAUGUAUCAGAAUAAUCAGAGUUGUAACUUUGUGAGCUAUGUGAAUCUGUGGACUUCA